CACCUGGUCCAAAAAUUUCCCCGAGGGGACCAAGGGGCUCUGCAAUCUCCAGGUCCCGCCGGGCGGCUGGGACGACCGCAGUGAGGCGCAGAGCCGGGAGGGGACGCGGAGGGGGGAGCGGAGGCAGGAGGAGGAGGAGCAAAGGUGUUGGAGAGAAAACUUCUGAGAGGAACAGGAAACCUGCCGGAGAGGCGGCGGCUGAGGCUUCUCCGCGCGGCCGGGCUGCGCGCUUCGUGGGGUGUCGGUAUUUCGGGCUUCGCUCCUGCAGGGCUCCCCGGCGCGGCGGCAGGACUGAGCCCCACACCCGGGUUCUUCGGCCGUGCUCUCCGCCGCCGCUCACGGCCGCUGCCGUCCUGCGCUGAAUUCGGCUUCUGCCUCGGCGGCUCCUGGAGAAGGGCGCAGGGAAGAGGAGGGACAUCCACUCUGGAACAUGAAGCAGCAUGUCUGAUAAAAUGUCUAGCUUCCUCUACAUAGGGGACAUCGUGUCCCUGUACGCGGAGGGCUCGGUCAACGGCUUCAUCAGCACCCUGGGGUUGGUGGAUGAUAGAUGUGUGGUACACCCAGAGGCAGGGGACCUUGCCAACCCUCCCAAGAAGUUCAGAGACUGCCUUUUCAAGGUGUGCCCUAUGAACCGGUAUUCUGCCCAGAAGCAAUAUUGGAAAGCCAAGCAAGCCAAACAAGGGAACCACACAGAAGCAGCCUUGCUGAAGAAAUUACAGCAUGCUGCAGAACUGGAACAAAAACAAAAUGAAUCAGAGAACAAGAAGCUGUUGGGAGAAAUUGUGAAAUACAGUAAUGUUAUACAACUACUGCAUAUAAAAAGCAACAAAUAUCUGACUGUCAACAAGAGAUUACCUGCUUUACUGGAGAAGAAUGCCAUGCGCGUGUCUUUGGAUGCUGCGGGCAAUGAAGGGUCUUGGUUUUAUAUUCAUCCCUUCUGGAAGCUGAGAAGUGAGGGUGACAAUAUUGUUGUAGGAGAUAAAGUUGUUUUGAUGCCAGUGAAUGCAGGACAGCCACUACAUGCCAGCAACAUUGAGCUUCUUGAUAACCCAGGGUGUAAAGAGGUGAAUGCUGUUAAUUGCAACACUAGCUGGAAAAUCACUUUAUUCAUGAAAUAUAGUUCCUAUCGAGAAGAUGUAUUAAAAGGCGGUGACGUUGUUAGACUGUUUCAUGCAGAGCAAGAGAAGUUUCUGACUUGUGAUGAGUAUGAGAAAAAACAGCACAUUUUCCUUCGUACAACCUUGCGUCAAUCAGCCACUUCUGCUACUAGUUCUAAAGCACUCUGGGAAAUAGAGGUGGUUCAUCAUGACCCGUGCCGUGGGGGUGCAGGACAGUGGAACAGCUUGUUCAGAUUUAAGCAUCUGGCAACCGGGAACUAUUUGGCUGCAGAGCUUAAUCCUGAUUAUCGAGAUGCUCAAAAUGAAGGAAAAAAUGUGAGAGAUGGAGACCUCCCAACUUCAAAGAAAAAACGCCAGGCAGGGGAGAAGAUUAUGUACACUUUGGUCUCAGUCCCACAUGGAAAUGACAUUGCAUCUCUUUUUGAACUGGAUGCCACAACUCUUCAGAGAGCUGACUGCCUGGUUCCAAGGAACUCAUAUGUUCGGUUAAGGCAUUUGUGUACCAACACGUGGGUAACCAGUACCAGCAUCCCCAUAGACACAGAUGAAGAGAGGCCUGUUAUGUUGAAGAUUGGAACAUGCCAAACAAAAGAAGAUAAAGAAGCAUUUGCCAUUGUGUCCGUCCCACUGUCUGAGGUCCGAGACUUAGACUUUGCCAAUGAUGCAAAUAAAGUGCUAGCGACCACAGUUAAAAAGCUGGAAAACGGCACAAUAACUCAGAAUGAAAGGAGGUUUGUAACCAAAUUACUAGAAGACCUCAUCUUCUUUGCUGCUGAUGUACCUAACAAUGGACAAGAAGUUCUGGAUGUGUUUAUCACUAAGCCAAACCGAGAACGUCAAAAAUUAAUGAGGGAACAAAAUAUAUUGGCACAGGUAUUUGGGAUUCUUAAAGCACCCUUUAAGGAGAAAGCUGGAGAAGGCUCAAUGUUGAGGCUUGAAGAUCUGGGGGACCAGAGAUACGCUCCCUACAAGUACAUGUUGCGACUCUGUUACCGCAUCCUGAGACAUUCUCAGCAGGACUACCGGAAAAAUCAGGAAUAUAUUGCUAAGAAUUUCUGUGUCAUGCAGUCACAGAUUGGCUAUGAUAUUUUGGCAGAAGAUACCAUCACAGCUUUGUUGCACAACAACAGAAAACUACUAGAGAAACAUAUCACAGCAAAAGAAAUAGAAACAUUUGUCAGUUUACUCAGGAGAAAUCGGGAGCCAAGAUUUUUGGAUUAUUUAUCAGACCUGUGUGUGUCUAAUACCACUGCGAUACCUGUAACUCAAGAACUCAUCUGUAAAUUCAUGUUGAGUCCAGGCAAUGCAGACAUUCUCAUCCAGACUAAGGUGGUCUCUAUGCAAAUCGACAACCCCAUGGAGAGCUCCAUCCUUUCAGACGAUAUUGAUGAUGAAGAAGUUUGGCUCUAUUGGAUCGACAGCAACAAGGAACCUCAUGGCAAAGCUAUUAGGCACCUUGCUCAAGAGGCAAAAGAAGGCACCAAAGCUGAUUUAGAAGUUCUUACCUAUUACAGGUACCAGCUAAACCUCUUUGCAAGAAUGUGCUUGGAUCGCCAGUAUCUGGCCAUAAACCAGAUUUCUACCCAGCUGUCUGUAGACUUGAUCCUGCGGUGUGUGUCGGAUGAGAGCCUGCCAUUUGACCUCCGAGCAUCUUUUUGUCGCCUCAUGCUGCACAUGCAUGUUGACCGGGAUCCCCAGGAGUCUGUGGUGCCUGUUCGUUAUGCCAGGCUCUGGACGGAAAUUCCCACUAAGAUCACGAUUCAUGAGUAUGAUUCUAUAACAGACUCUUCAAGAAAUGACAUGAAGAGGAAAUUUGCACUGACGAUGGAAUUUGUUGAAGAAUACUUAAAAGAAGUUGUAAAUCAGCCCUUUCCUUUUGGGGAUAAAGAAAAAAACAAACUGACAUUUGAGGUGGUCCACUUGGCUCGGAAUCUUAUAUACUUUGGAUUUUAUAGUUUCAGUGAGUUAUUAAGGCUGACAAGAACACUGCUGGCUAUCCUAGAUAUUGUACAGGCCCCCAUGUCAUCGUAUUUUGAAAGAUUAAGCAAAUUUCAAGAUGGAGGAAACAAUGUCAUGAGGACCAUCCAUGGGGUGGGUGAGAUGAUGACCCAAAUGGUGCUCAGUAGAGGCUCUAUCUUCCCCAUGAGCAUGCCUGACGUGCAGCCCAGCAUCCAUCCUAGCAAGCAAGGAAGCCCCACUGAGCACGAGGAUGUAACUGUGAUGGACACCAAACUGAAAAUCAUUGAGAUUUUACAGUUUAUCCUGAGCGUCAGACUAGACUAUAGGAUCUCAUAUAUGCUGUCAAUAUAUAAGAAGGAAUUCGGAGAGAACAAUGAAAAUGCUGAAAUGUCUGCCAAUGGCUCCCCGGAUACAUUACUACCAUCAGCUAUUGUUCCUGAUAUAGAUGAAAUUGCAGCUCAGGCAGAAACUAUGUUUGCUGGAAGAAAGGAAAAAAAUCCAGUUCAACUUGAUGAUGAAGGUGGCAGGACGUUUUUACGGGUACUCAUCCAUCUGAUCAUGCAUGACUACCCUCCUUUGCUAUCAGGAGCUCUGCAGCUGCUUUUCAAGCACUUCAGCCAGAGAGCAGAAGUUUUACAGGCAUUUAAACAGGUGCAAUUACUGGUGUCCAAUCAAGAUGUAGAUAACUACAAACAAAUCAAGGCAGAUCUAGACCAGCUUCGACUGACUGUAGAAAAAUCUGAGCUGUGGGUUGAGAAAAGCAGCAGUUAUGAGAAUGGAGAAAUGGGUGAAAAUCAAGUAAAAGGUGGUGAGGAGCCAAUUGAGGAAUCAAACAUUUUAAGUCCAGUGCAGGAUGGAACAAAGAAACCUCAGAUUGACAGCAAUAAGAGCAACAACUACCGGAUUGUUAAAGAGAUUUUGAUUAGGCUAAGUAAACUCUGUGUACAAAACAAAAAGUGUCGGAAUCAACAUCAGCGGUUGCUGAAAAACAUGGGUGCUCAUUCAGUGGUGCUGGAUCUUCUGCAGAUACCCUAUGAAAAGAAUGAUGAAAAGAUGAAUGAAGUAAUGAAUCUCGCCCACACAUUCCUGCAGAAUUUCUGUCGGGGAAACCCACAAAAUCAAAUUCUUCUUCAUAAACAUCUGAAUUUGUUUUUAACUCCUGGUCUUCUUGAAGCAGAAACCAUGAGGAAUAUCUUCAUGAACAAUUACCAUCUGUGCAAUGAAAUCAGCGAGAGAGUCGUCCAGCACUUUGUGCACUGCAUUGAGACACAUGGCCGCCACGUGGAGUACCUGAGGUUUUUGCAAACGAUUGUAAAAGCAGAUGGUAAAUAUGUGAAGAAAUGCCAGGAUAUGGUAAUGACAGAGUUGAUAAACGGAGGUGAAGAUGUGCUGAUAUUUUACAAUGAUCGAGCAUCAUUUCCUAUCCUUCUCCAUAUGAUGUGUUCAGAGAGAGACCGAAGUGAUGAAAGUGGCCCCUUAGCCUAUCACAUCACACUUGUGGAACUGCUGGCAGCAUGCACAGAGGGGAAGAAUGUCUACACUGAAAUCAAGUGCAAUUCCCUUCUGCCCCUGGAUGACAUAGUCAGGGUGGUGACCCACGAUGACUGCAUCCCUGAGGUUAAAAUUGCUUAUGUGAACUUUGUUAAUCAUUGUUAUGUUGACACCGAAGUGGAAAUGAAAGAAAUCUACACUAGUAAUCACAUUUGGAGAUUAUUUGAGAACUUCCUGGUAGAUAUGGCAAGGGUUUGCAAUACAACUACUGACAGGAAGCACGCAGACAUCUUCUUGGAGAAGUGUGUUACUGAGUCAAUAAUGAACAUCGUGAGCGGCUUCUUUAAUUCUCCUUUUUCAGACAACAGUACCAGCCUUCAGACACAUCAGCCGGUCUUUAUUCAGCUGCUGCAAUCUGCCUUCAGAAUUUACAACUGUACUUGGCCAAACCCAGCGCAGAAAGCCUCGGUGGAGUCCUGUAUUAGAACUUUGGCCGAAGUGGCAAAGAACCGUGGAAUUGCCAUUCCAGUAGAUUUGGACAGCCAAGUCAAUACCCUCUUCAUGAAGAGCCAUUCAAACAUGGUACAAAGAGCAGCCAUGGGUUGGAGAUUGUCUGCUCGCUCUGGACCACGCUUUAAGGAAGCUCUUGGAGGGCCUGCUUGGGAUUAUAGAAAUAUAAUUGAAAAGUUACAGGAUGUAGUGGCCUCUUUAGAGCAGCAGUUCAGCCCGAUGAUGCAGGCCGAGUUCUCAGUGUUGGUCGAUGUAUUGUACAGUCCAGAACUACUGUUCCCUGAGGGAAGUGAUGCAAGAAUAAGAUGUGGUGCUUUCAUGUCCAAGUUGAUUAAUCAUACAAAGAAACUAAUGGAGAAAGAAGAAAAGCUGUGCAUUAAAAUUCUUCAGACGUUACGAGAAAUGUUGGAGAAGAAAGACAGCUUUGUGGAAGAGGGUAACACAUUAAGAAAAAUACUCCUCAAUCGAUAUUUUAAAGGUGAUUAUGGAGUUAGUGUGAAUGGACACCUAUCAGGAGCCUACUCCAAAAGUACACAAGUGGGAGGAGGCUUUUCUGGACAAGAUUCAGAUAAGAUGGGGAUAUCAAUGUCAGAUAUUCAGUGUCUUCUGGAUAAAGAAGGUGCAUCUGAACUUGUCAUUGACGUUAUAGUGAACACCAAAAAUGACAGAAUAUUUUCAGAAGGCAUUUUACUUGGCAUUGCAUUGCUUGAAGGAGGAAAUACACAAACACAGUAUUCCUUCUACCAGCAGUUGCAUGAACAAAAAAAGUCAGAGAAAUUCUUCAAAGUCCUGUACGACCGAAUGAAGGCUGCUCAGAAAGAGAUAAGAUCAACAGUGACAGUAAAUACCAUAGAUUUAGGUAUCAAAAAAAGGGAUGAUGACAAUGAAUUGAUGACAUCUGGUCCAAGAAUGAGAGUAAGAGAUUCAUCAUUACAUUUAAAAGAGGGAAUGAAAGGGCAGUUAACAGAAGCGUCUUCGGCAACAUCCAGAGCGUAUUGUGUAUACAGAAGAGAAAUGGAUCCAGAAAUAGACAUUAUGUGUGCAGGACCAGACGCAGGAAAUGCUGAGGAAAAGUCUGCAGAGGAAGUAACGAUGAGUCCUGCAAUCGCCAUUAUGCAACCGAUCCUGAGAUUUCUUCAGUUACUGUGCGAGAACCACAACCGGGAACUGCAGAACUUCUUGAGGAAUCAAAACAACAAAACAAAUUACAACCUUGUCUGUGAGACCCUUCAGUUUUUGGACUGCAUUUGUGGAAGUACAACUGGCGGCUUGGGCCUCUUAGGUCUCUACAUCAAUGAGAAGAACGUAGCUCUGGUCAAUCAGACCCUGGAGAGCUUAACUGAGUAUUGCCAGGGCCCAUGCCAUGAAAAUCAGACUUGUAUCGCUACUCAUGAAUCUAAUGGGAUUGAUAUCAUCAUUGCUUUGAUUCUAAAUGACAUAAACCCUCUUGGUAAAUACCGAAUGGACCUGGUUCUCAAACUAAAGAACAAUGCCUCCAAGCUUUUGCUGGCCAUUAUGGAGAGCAGACAUGACAGCGAGAACGCGGAAAGAAUUCUUUUUAACAUGAGGCCCAGGGAACUGGUGGAUGUGAUGAAGAAUGCCUAUAACCAGGGAUUAGAAUGUGAUCAUGGGGAUGACGAGGGCGGAGAUGAUGGUGUUUCCCCAAAAGAUGUUGGACACAAUAUCUACAUUCUGGCCCACCAGUUGGCCCGCCACAAUAAACUAUUACAGCAGAUGCUCAAACCAGGAUUGGAUCCAGAUGAAGGAGACGAAGCCUUAAAAUAUUAUGCCAACCACACUGCACAGAUUGAGAUUGUUCGUCAUGAUAGGACCAUGGAACAAAUUGUUUUUCCUGUCCCUAAUAUAUGUGAAUACCUCACUCGGGAGUCCAAGUUCCGUGUGUUCAAUACAACGGAAAGGGAUGAACAAGGAAGUAAGGUGAACGACUUUUUCCAGCAAACAGAGGAUCUCUACAAUGAAAUGAAGUGGCAGAAGAAAAUCAGGAAUAACCCUGCACUGUUCUGGUUCUCGAGACACAUCUCUCUGUGGGGGAGCAUUUCCUUCAACCUGGCUGUGUUCAUCAAUUUGGCUGUUGCCCUCUUCUACCCAUUUGGGGAUGAUGGAGAUGAAGGUACACUUUCUCCGUUGUUCUCAGUUCUACUUUGGAUAGCAGUUGCAAUCUGUACAUCUAUGCUGUUUUUCUUCUCCAAACCUGUGGGUAUUCGACCAUUUCUUGUGUCAGUAAUGCUCAGAUCGAUAUAUACAAUAGGACUGGGGCCUACAUUAAUACUUCUUGGUGCAGCUAAUCUUUGUAAUAAAAUAGUAUUUCUGGUGAGUUUUGUCGGAAACCGUGGCACGUUCACUCGAGGGUACCGAGCAGUCAUCCUUGAUAUGGCCUUUCUCUACCACGUGGCAUAUGUCCUGGUUUGCAUGCUAGGCCUCUUUGUCCAUGAAUUCUUCUAUAGCUUCCUGCUUUUUGAUUUAGUGUACAGAGAAGAGACUCUCCUCAAUGUCAUAAAAAGUGUCACACGAAAUGGCCGCUCCAUUAUUCUAACUGCAGUUCUUGCUCUCAUCCUCGUCUACCUGUUUUCCAUUAUUGGGUUCCUUUUUUUGAAAGAUGACUUCACUAUGGAAGUGGAUAGGCUGAAAAACAGAACUCCUGUUACAGGUAGUAAUGGAGUUCCUACCAUGACCUUAACUUCAAUGAUGGGAACAUGUGAGAAGGAGAAUUGCUCACCCACGAUACCAGCUUCGAACACAGGUGAUGAAGAGUAUGAAGAUGGAAUUGAAAGGGCGUGUGACACUCUCCUUAUGUGCAUAGUUACUGUGUUAAACCAGGGCCUCAGGAAUGGCGGAGGGGUAGGAGACGUGCUGAGAAGACCCUCAAAAGAUGAGCCUUUGUUUGCUGCCCGGGUGGUUUAUGACCUUCUGUUUUUUUUCAUUGUUAUCAUUAUUGUUCUUAACUUGAUUUUUGGUGUUAUCAUCGAUACCUUUGCUGAUCUCAGAAGUGAAAAACAGAAAAAAGAAGAAAUUCUAAAGACAACCUGCUUUAUCUGUGGACUUGAGAGGGACAAGUUUGAUAAUAAAACGGUUUCAUUUGAAGAGCACAUUAAGUCAGAACACAAUAUGUGGCAUUAUUUGUACUUCAUCGUCCUGGUGAAAGUGAAAGACCCAACUGAAUACACUGGACCUGAAAGUUAUGUGGCUCAAAUGAUCGUGAGACUCCUUGCCAAAACUCAAGAGGCAAGCAUUUGAAAGCCAGAGUUCAACAAUAUCAGUUGCUGCAAAGAGGCCUACAAGAAGAGACAGGUGAAAGUCUUGGAUUUUGGAGUGAAGAAAUCACCAGGUGACUUUUUACCAUAAGAGAAGGCGGCUGUGAAAGUGUCUACCUAUCUUUAGCCUUAACAUUAAAACCAGCAUUUUACCAGUUACUGGUUCACUCAAUGUUUUAUGUAUCCAUGUACUUAUCCAUGUUUCUGCCCAUCCCUUCUGUCCAUGCCCUCUCCACAACCAGGACAGGAAGGUAAGAGCUCACAAAUUUAUUCCAACAUGAAAUGCCUCAUCCAACCAGUGCACACCCAAGGCAGCUGGCCUCAUUCCUGAAUUUUAAUGACCAGGCAAUAAAAAAUAGAGGAGUGAUAUUAGCUUAGGUCUGAUGGAAACAAAAAGUCAUUCCCAUGGGAGAUUGUUUAUUUCCUGAAAUAGCCUUUUUGGAGAACUCCUGAAAGCCUGUAGCUGAUGAACUCAGUUCAGAAAAUGUUACCCUAACCUCCAAGGAGAUUAUGGCCUUGUAAUUGUGAUUCUCCUGGAGCAAGAUUAAAAUUCUAGAGCACAUAGAAAGUUGAAGCACGUCUGCAGCUCAAUUCAAAGAUUGUGUAUUUUUCUCUCACCACCCCAGAGGUGACUACUCUGAACAGUUUGGUAGGAAACCUUCUAGCCAUUUUCCUGCCGCUUUUGUUCAUGCUUCUUAAAAAUAGCUUUCUUUACAGAGUUGAUUUGGUGUGUGUGUUUAUCAGUAGGGCUUUGGAAGAAUGUUUAAAUGUUUAAUAACUGAUACAGCUGUUACCCUCAAGGAUUUAUGCAAAAGGAAAUGAGGACGUUCCUCACAUUCAUUCAGGGAGAAAAAAAAAAAAAAAACUCAGCUGAAUCCUGCUACGAUGCUUAAUUAAAUCUUAGUUGUUUCUUGGGAUGCUUAGGAAAUGCCUCCUGAUUUUGGUGAAAUGGGAAAAUAACAAGUUUAGUAGAUAUUUCUCCUCUGUAUAUAUUUUUUCACCUCCGGUACUUCAACUUUAUUAUCAUGCCAGUAAGCAAUAUUUAUAUCAAUAUUCAUUAAAACAUACAUUAUAAAUGAAGUCGUAUAUUCUGGAAAAUAUACUUGUGCCUCUGCAUCCAUCCAGUAGUUCAGAAGUUUGAACUAUUAUCAGAAACUUCAAAUUACCUCACCCCUGCCUUGCUCCACACCCUAAACGAAGCUGUUUGAAUAUCCAAUGUCAGAAUGUCUGAAUUCUGGCAUAAGGUUAGGGAGAUGUGGGUAGAUCAUGGUGUCGUAGGAAUGCAUUUUCUUUUGACAAGCACACCCUCAUUUUUUGAUAGGAGAACUGAUAUUUCUAGCUCAUAUUUAUUCAAAGCAGAAAAUAAAAAGGGGAAAGGAGGAAUCAUACAAGAAAGUAAAAAUAACGAAAGGGAGUUCAAUAAAUUAGAAGCAAGGGUAUGAAAGCAUAAAUCAUCCAUCCCAAGCUAGUGAUGGCCUUCAAGUAUCACUAAGACCUUUUCUUCUCCCAUUACCCAAAGGGUGAUGACUGAGGAGGAACAAACAAAAUAGAGAUCGUUAGAAAAAAUGCCCAAGGCUUUUAGAUGUUUCUCUAACAUUCUGGGGACAUUUUCAGAUUUUCAGUGUUCAUUUGCUGAGACAUGUUAGGGACAUUUGUGGAUAUUUAUUACUUGAUUCAGCAAACAGCAGGACCAAACCAGGGGUGCUUGUAAGAGCAGGUACUGAGUAUGCGUAGAGAACUGCUGCUUCCCCCGAGUGCUCUGGUGGUACCAGGCCUGCUCUCAAGACCUUGGCUGACAUUUCCCGUAAGACGACCCGUGGAUAUUCAGGGAUCAUAAAAAACGGUUGCCAUGGAGUCGACUCUGACUCAUGGUAACCCAUGUGUGUCAGAGUAGAGCUGUGCUCCAUAGGGCUUUCCAUGGCUAAUUUUUGGGGAGUAGAUCACCAGGCCUCUCUUCCAAGGCAUCUCUGGUUGGACUCGAACCACUAAUCUUUCGGUUAGCUGAGUGCGUUAGCCAUUUGCACCACGUAGGGAUAUAUCCAGGUCACCUGGAGUAGGGAUUGCAUCCUCCUCUUAAUGCAUGGCGCUUUAUAGCUCUUCUACUUAUUUGGCUCUUGCCUAAAAAAAUGCUUCCUGACAUCACAGUGAUGUCAUAAAUGAGGACAAGUUAGCUCAUGUUUUUGUUAACAUAAUUGUCUGUCUUUACACAAAAAAUAAUUGCGUGUUUCUUGAAGGCCACAACCAGGUGUAUGGUAGCUCUUUGUUCUGUGCCAUACCAGGGCAGGUAAUAUCUCUAAUAUGUAUUAAAACCAAUUCAAUAAACACUGAGUGCUCCCUGUAUGCUAGCAGCUGUGCUAAGGAUUUGGUAUGUAAAGAUAGUCUCUUCCCUGAGGAAGUUCAAAACAUUUGAGUGAAUAAAUAAAAUAAUGAGCAAAUUAAUAAACGAAUGGUCUCUUCUUAGCCCUCAGAUAGUUGGAUAUGAUUUACAGAAAGAUACACCAAAAUAGCUGCAAGAGAUUGGAAUGUGAAUUUCUCAUUAGAAAACGUCAUCCUUCCCCUCUUUUAAAAUUAGAAGACAGAGAUGCAGUAGGAAGGGUUAUGCCAACUGAACCAAGUAUAAUGAUUGCAAUAUUAAAAGUCAGGUGGCUGGUUUGAGAGACGAGGCACUUUAGUCCCUCUGUUGUCUCUCUCACCAAGUCUCAAGCCCAGGCCCUCUGUCCCUGCACACACUCUCAAGGGAUGUGCCUUAAGCUGCUCUCACAGCAAAGGGGCAGGCGCAUGCCUCGGCAGGUUUCUCAGCCUAUCCCACCCUUCCGAAUGAGUUCUUCCUUGCUAUCAUCCGUUAAGACCUCAGAAAGAGAGGGAGCGUCCUUUUAAUGAGAUGGAAAAGAAAUCUAGUCACCCAUUAUUUUGGUUACAUGAGGAGAGAAAAGAACUAACAGUUAUCCAGAUGUUUUUUGAGUCUGGAAGUCAAAAUCAAUCUUGUUUAGGUGAACCAUAUUUUUAAACAGUAACUGUUGGAGGUUGCGAGAUGCUUGGGCUCCUGAAAGACAUUGAUUCUUCUAAGAUUCACGUGCACCCCUUCCGUGUUAGUACCAUUUGCCAACUUGAUUUCUGCAUUAUUGUUAUGUGUCACAAUUAUGAAAUUAUAUGUUCUGAUUCUGUUAUUUAUAAUUUGUGCUAAUUGUGAAAUUGGAUCUAAUUAUGCCAAUUAUAUAACUGCUCAAUCUUUAACUCAAGCCUGUUGUAAAGACUUUAGAAUUUAACAAGAAACUUUUAAAAAUGUUUAUAUUUCAAGGCAAGCCAAGGGGGUCUUUGCAGCUCAGCAAUGCACAAUUAAGAAGUCAGUGUAUACAUUCAAGGGGACACCUCCUUCACUCUCCACAUUUUAAUUUCAGACAUGUGUCUUCAAUUUAAGAGAGAGCUUUUUCCAUUCCCAACUCUGGAUUGCAUUGUCAUUGUGGGUUCUAUCCUGUACAUUAUUCUAACUUUCUAUUUAGUAUUCAUACGUAAGAUAUAUGAAUUACCACAUUUUGCACAUAUGUUAACAUCUUUCUAAUCCUCCUUUUAGUUUGUGAAAUAGACAGAAAUGGUAAGUACUUAACAGUGUGGCUCUAUGCAGAGUCUUCAUCUCAAAGACUCUGUUCCAGUGCUCAGGGUGCUGGACCUCAGUGCUGGGUGAAAGGAUUUGUGCCAAGUAGUGCUGAAAUGAUUUUCAGUGAUGGAAGUGGGAUGGGAAGUAAAGACAAGGGCAGGUAGGUAGGGCACUGACUCUGGUCUACUGAGACAUUACAGGCGACCGCCUGAAUUGAUCAGAGUCUGCGGUGCCCUGAUGAUUGCCCACAAAGCUAAAGAAACCAAAAGUGCUAAUCAGUGUUUAAGGAGCAGCUCAGUGUAAAGGAAUAAACCUGGGCAUUAGAAUCCAAAAUUUGACUUCUUAGUAUUUCCAUUUACAAGAUUGGUGGCUCAAUUGCAGCUCACUUUACCGUUGGUAAAAUAAGUAUAAUCAGAGUAAUACUCAAAACAUUUAACAGCCUGUGUAUUACAACCAGUCAUCAGUCAGAACUCAGAAUACAUGUGGGCUGAAAAUGCAGUGGGAUCCUGGAGGCCUCCUGCUGUGCCAGACGGUCAACACUUUAGUUGCUGGAUCACGAGGAUGGUAUGAAGAGGGAAGGGAACAACCAGGGCAGAAAAGGCUCCAGGGGUGUGUGUGUAUAUAGGGGUAUUUGCAAGGCUUGGGUUAUUUGGCAACCAAUAUGGAAAGAUUGCAGUAUUUUAACAACUAGGACACCUGUAUCUGUGCAUACCAGUUAAAUAUUGGCCCUGGGUAUAACAACACUUCCCUUGCAGAGCUGUGAUAAGAGUUAAAUAAAAUCUAACAAUAUUAAUUAUACUAACAAUAAAACCAGUGCUCACUAUGUGCCAGAUGCCUAAGUCCUUUUCAUGAGCGAUCUCUUUUAAAGCCUCGUAACAACCUUAUGAGGCAGAUCCUGUAAUUAACAUCCCCACUCUAAGCAUGAGGAAGGGGGCAUUGCUGAUUCUGGGUGGAGUUCUCACCCUCCAUGCAGGAGACCUCGGUUUGAUUCCUAGCCAAUGCACCUCGUGCUCAGUCACCACCUGUCUGUCAGUGGAAGCUUGGCUGUUGCUGUGAUGCUGAACAGGCUUCAGUGGAGCUUCCAGACUAAGAGGGACUGGGAAGAAACAGCCGGUGAAGACCCAACGGAUCACAGCAGUCCCAUCUGCACCAGAUCAUGGGGAUGGCACAGGAGCCAGCAGUGUUCCAUUCUGUUGUGCGUAGGGUGAUAUGCAUCUGAGCCCACUUGUCAGCAGCUAGCAAUAACAGCACCCGAGGAAACAGACACUUGCAGAGGAUUGGUAACUUGCCCAAAUUUGCACAGCUAGGAAAUAGUGGAAAGGGAUGCUGGGUACAUAAUGUGCCAGGCACUUGUAAGUGAUCAAUAAAUGUCCUGUUAUUUUUCAAUUCUGACCAUAUAUAAAACUAGAAGCAGUGGUUCCUUUGAGAAUAGAUCAGGCAGGCAGUACCCAGCGCUCUCAGCAGCACACCCCAGGCUCUUCAGAAGAGCGACUAUAAAAAUUCAACCUGCAAGGCAGGGAGGUGACCUAGCUAGGACACAGGAAGUCAAAUGACAACUCUACAAUGGCAGGAAGGCCUUGGGGAGGGGAGACCCAUUGCUGUCAAGUCGUCGUAAUAGCGACCCUCUAGGACAGGGUAGAACUACCCCAUAGGGUUUCCACAGCUAUAGAUCUUUACGGAAGCAGACUGCUGUAUCUUUCUCCCACAGAGCAUCCGGUGAGUUCAAACCUCCAACCUUUCAAUUAGCAGCUGAGAUCUUUAACCACUGUGCCACCAGGGUUCUGAGAGGAAUUAAACUAGGAAGCAAAAAUACUGGUUGGCAUCUGCAAAUUUCCUACAAAGGUUAGAACUAUUACCAUCAGGAUUAUUACAAUCGCAGGCAGAGUAGAAGCUGCAAGAAGUUUCAAUUUAAUUUAAAAAGUACUUCUUGGGGAGUAGUAUGAGCAACUGAUAGAAACAAGAAGAAAACAUUGCCACGGCCCUCAAAGAACCGCAAUGUAAUGGGAAGGACAGCUAUGUUCACUAGCAAAUAUAGUGUAAACCAGAGCUAUGGUGAGAGACAGAAGUACACACACAGCAACCAGAGAAAUCUUAAAUUACACUGCCAUAUGCCUACUUAAAACACUUCAGUCGUCCUUGGAAUAAAAUACAACCUCUCCCAUAGCCCAUUAUACAGUCUAGCCCCAGUCUACUUCACUAACUCAUCUCAUCCCACUCUUCUUGUUGCUCUUAGGUGCCACUGAGUUGGUACCAACUCAUAGUGACCUAUGUACAACAGAACGAAACACUGCCUCGUCCUGUGCCAUUGUUGCAGCCACUGCAUCAACCCUUCUUGUCAAGGGUCUUCCUCUUUUUUGCUGACCCUCUACUUUACCAGGCAUGGUGUCUUUCUUUCAGGGACUGGUCCCUCCUCAUAACUAGCGCAAAGUAAGUGAGACGAAAUCUUGCCAUCCUUGCUUCCAAGGAGCAAUCUGGGUGAAUUUCUUCCAACACAGAUUUGUUCGUUCUUCUGGCAGUCCUUGGUAUAUUCAAAAUUCUUUACCAGCACCAUAAUUCAAAGGCAUGGAUUCUUCUUCAGUCUUCCUUAUUCGUUGUCUUGCUUUCACAUUCGUAUAAGGCAAUUGAAAAUAUCAUGGCUUGGGUGAGGGGCGCCUUAGUCCUCAAAGUGACAGCUUGGUUUUCAACACUUUAAAGAAGUCUUUUGCAGCAGAUGUGCCCAAUGCAAUAUGUCAUUUGAUUUCUACUCUUGACUGCUUCUUUCACGGACAUUGAUUGUGGACCCAAGUAAAAUGAAACCCUUGACAACUUUCAUAUUUUUUCCAUUUGUGUUUACAUUGCUUAUUGGUCUAGUUGUGAGGAUUUUUGUUUUCUUUAUGUUGAGGUAUAAUCCAUACUGAAGGCUGUGGUCUGUGAUUUUCAUCAGUAAGUACUUCAAAGUCCUCUUCACUUUCCUCAAGCAAGAUUGUGCCAUCUGCAUAUCUCAGAUUAUUAAUGAGUCUUCCACCAAUCCUGAUGCCACAUUCUUCAUAUAUUUAACCUUCUCGAGGUUUUUUUGCUCAGAAUACAGCUUGAGUAAGUAUGGUAUACACACCUCCUAGCACACACCUUUCCUGAUUUUAAACCACUCAAUAUACCCUUAUUCUGUUGAAACGACCGCCUCUUGGUCUAUGUACAGGUUUCACAUGAGCACAAUUAAGCUUUCUGGAAUUUGCAUUCUUUGCAACAUUAUCCAUAAUUUGUUAUGAUCCACACAGUCGAAUCCCUUUGCUUAGUCAGUAAAACACAGGGAAACAUCUUUCUGGUAUUCUCUGCCUUCAGCCAAGAUCCAUCUGACAUCAACAAUGAUAUCCCUCAUAACCAUCAAAGAAUGUUUCCUUCUGUGUUUAAACCUUUUCUGGAAUUCUUGUAAUAGUGAUCUCAUAUAAUAUUUGUCCUUUUGCGACUGACUAAUUUCACUCAGUAUACUGCCUUCUGGAUUCAUCCAUGAUAUGAAAUGUUUCGCAGAUUCAUCAUUGUUCCUUAUCGUCGCGUAGUAUUCUAUUGUGUAAAUAUAACAUAAUUUGUUUAUUCAUCAGUUGCUGGGCACCUAGGUUAUUUCCAUCUUUUUGCUAUUGUGAACCGUGCUACAGUGAACAUGGGCAUGUAUAUUAUCUAUUCGUGUGAGGGCUCUUAUUUCUGUAGGGUAUAUUCCAAGGAGUGGGAUUGCUGGAUCAUAUGGUACAUCUAUUUCUAGCUUUUAAAGGAAGUACCAAAUAGAUUUCCAAAGUGGUUGUACCAUUUUACAUCCCCACCAGCAGUUUAUAAGUGUUCCAGUCUCUCUAUAACCUCUCCAGCAUUUAUUAUUUUGUGUUUUUUGGAUUAAUGCCAGCCUUGUUGGGGUGAGAUGGUAUCUCAUUGUAGUUUUGAUUUGCCUUUCUCUAAUGACUAAUGAUCGUGAGCACUUCCUCAUGUAUCUUUUAGCCACCUGAAUGUCUUCUUUGGUGAAGUGCCGUUUGUAUACUUUGCCUAUUUUUUAAUUGGGUUAUUAGUCUUUUUGUUGUUGAGAUUUAGCAGUAUCUUGUAGAUUUUAAAGAUUAGGCCCUGAUAAGAUUUGUCAUAGCCAAAAAUUUUGUUCCAGUCUGUAAGUUGUCUUUUUACUCUUUUUUUUUUUUGGGUGACAUCUUUUGAUGAGCAUAGUGUUUUAUUUUUAGGAGCUCCCAGUUGUCUAGUUUCUCUUCUGGUGUUUGUACAUUGUUAGUUAUGGUUUGUAUUCUGUUUAUGCCAUGUAGUAGAGCUCCUAGUGUUUCGCUGUUUUUUCUUCCAUGAUCUUUACCAUUUUAGGUUUUAUAUUUAAGUCUUUGAUCCAUUUUGAAUUAGUUUUUGUGCAUGGUGUGAGGUAUGGGUCUUGUUUCAUUUUUCUGCAAAUGAAUAUCCAGUUAUGCCAGCACCAUUUGUUAAAGAGACUGUCUUUUCCCCAUUGAACUGACUUUGGGCCUUUGUGAAAUAUCAGCUGCUCAUAGGUGGAUGAAUUUACAUCCGGAUUCUUAAUUCUGUUCCAUUGAUCUAUGUAUCUUUUGUUGUACCGGUACCAGGCUGUUUUGACUACCUUGGCGGUAAAAUGGAUUCUAAAAUCAGGUAGUGUGAGACCUCCCACUUUGUUCUUCUUCCUUAGUAGUGCUAUACUUAUCCAGGACUUCUUCCCUUUCCAUGUGAAGUUGGUGAUUUGUUUCUCCAUCUCAUUCAAAUAUGCUGUUGGAAUUUGGAUCGGGAUCGCAUUGUAUCUAUAGAUUGUUUUGGGUAGAAUUAACAUUUUCAUAAUGUUGACACUUCCUAUCCAUGAGCAAGGUAUAUUUUUCCACUUAUGUAGGUCUAUUUUGGUUUCCUGCAAUAGUGUCUUGCAGUUUUCUUUGUAGGGUCCUUUUAGAUCUCUGGUUAGAUUUAUUCCUAGGUAUUUUAUCUUCUCGCAGGCUAUUGUAAAUGGUAUUGAUUUGGUGAUUUCCUCUUUGAAGUUCUCUUUGUUGGUGUGGAGGAAUCCAGCUGAUGUUUGUAUGUUUAUCUUAUAUCCUGAUACUUGGCAGAAAUCUCCUAUUAGUUCUAGUAGCUUUCUUGUGGAUUGAUUCUUUGGGGUUUUUUGUAUGUAAGAUUGUAUCAUCUUCAAAUAGAGAUAGUUUUAUUUAUUUUUUAAAAUUUUUAUUGUGCUCUCCACUCUCUAUUUUCAUGUCUAUUUGUUCAGCUUCUGGCCCCCUCUGCCCUCUCAUCUCCCCUCCAGACAGGAGAUGCCCACAUAGCCUCAUGUGUCUGCUUGAUCCAAGAAGCUCACUCCUCACCAGUAUCAUUUUCUGUCCCAUAGUCCAGUCCAAUCCCUGUCUGAAGAGUUGGCUUUGGGAAUGGUUCCUGCCCUGGGCUAACAGAAAGCCUGGGGACCAUGACCUCUGGGGUCCUUCCAGUCUUAGUCAGACAAUUAAGUCUGGUCUUUUUACGAGAAUUUGGGGUCUGCAUCCCACUGCUCUCUUGCUCCCUCGGGGGCUCUCUGUUGCAUUCCCUGUCAGGGCAGUCAUCGGUUGUAGCUGGGCACCAUCUAGCUCUUCUGAUCUCAGGCUGAUGUAGUCUCUGAUUUAUGUGGCCCCUUCUGUCUCUUGGGCUCAUAAUUACCUUGUGUCUUUGGUGUUCUUCAUUCUCCUUUGUUGCAGGUGGGUUGAGACCAAUCGAUGCACCUUAGAUGGCCACUUGCUAGCGUUUAAGACCCCAAACACCACUCUCCGAAGUGGGAUGAGGAAUGUUUUCUUAAUCGGUAUUAUUAUGCCAAUUGACCUAGAUGUUCCCUGAAACCAUGGUCCCCAAACCCCCACCCCUGCUAUGCUGGCCUUUGAAGCAUUCAGUUUAUUCAGGAAACUGCUUUGCUUUUGGUUUAGUCCAGUUGUACUGACCUCUUCUGCAUUGUGUGCUGUCUUUCCCUUCACCUAAAAUAAUUCUUGUCUACUAUCUAAUUAGUGAAUAUCCCUCUCCCUCCCUCCCCCCCAUAACCAUCAAAGAAUAUUUUCUUUUCUGUUUAAACUGUUUCUCAAGUUCUUAUAAUAGUGGUCUCAUACAAUAUUUGUCCUUUUGCAACUGACUAAUUUCACUUAGCAUAAUGCCUUCCAGAUUCCUACACGUUAUGAAAUGUUUCACGGAUUCACCAUUGUUCUUUAUCGAUGCAUAGUAUUCCAUUGUGUGAAUAUACCAUAACUUAUUUAUCCAUUCAUCCAUCGAUGGGCACCUUGGUUGCUUCCAUCUUUUUGCUAUUGUAAACAGUGCUACAGUGAACAUGGGCGUGCGUAUAUCUGUUUGUGUAAAGGCUCUUAUUUCUCUAGGAUAUAUUCCAAGGAGUGCGAUUACUGGAUCAUAUGGUAAUUUUACUUCUAGCUUUUUAAGGAAGCGCCAUAUCAAUUUCCAAGAUACUUCUACUUCUUCCUUACCAAUUUGGAUGUCCUUUAUUUCUUUUUGUAGCCUAAUUACUCUGGCUAGGACCUCAAGCACAAUGUUGAAUAAGAGUGGUGAUAAAGGACUCUGUCCAUUUGGGAUGAUAUUGGCCAUUGGCUUUGUAUAAAUGCCCUUUAUUAUGUUGAGGAAUUUUCCUUCUAUUCCUGUUUUGCUGAGAGUUUUUAUCAUGAACUUUCCAUGUUCUGUUGAUGCUUCCUGCUUCAUUCAAUAUUUUCCCCAUAGAAUCCUUCAAAAUUGCAACUCAAGGCUUGAUUUUUUUCUUCAGUUCAUUCAGCUUGAGAAAUGUUGAGGAUAUUCUUCCCUUUUGGUUUUCUAACUCCAAGUCUGUGCGCAUUUCAUCAUACUUUACUUUGUCUUGUCAAGCCACCCCUUGAAAUAUUCUGUUCAGAUCUUUUACUUUAUCGUUUCUUCCAUUCACUUUAGUUGUUCCAUAUACAAGAGCAAGUUUCAGAGUCUCUUCUGACAUCCAUUUUAGUCUUUUCUUUCUUUCCUGUUUUUUUUUAAUGACCUUUUGCUUUGUUUGUCUGUGAGGUCCUUGAUGUCAUCCCACAACUUAUGUGGUCUUUGGUCAUUAGUGUUCAAUGUGUCAAAUCUAUUCUUGAGAUUGUCUCCAAAUUCAGGUGGUAUAUACUCAAGAUUACAUUUUAGUUCUUGUGGACUUGUUUUAAUUUUCUUCAGCUUCAAUUUACAUCUGAGCAAUUGAUGGUCUGUUCCACAGUUGACCUUGUUUCUGACUGAUCAUACUGAGAUUUUCCAUUGACUCUUUCCACAGAUGUAGUUGAUUUGAUUUGUGUGUUUUCCAUCCGGUGAGGUCCAUAUGUAUAGCCACCAUUUAUGUUGUUGAAAAAAGUCAUUUGCAAUGAAGAAGUUGUUGGUGUUGCAAAAUUCUGUCAUGUGAUCUCCAGCGUUGUUUCUGUCACGAAGGCCAUAUUUUCCAUCUACCAAUCCUUCUUUGUUUCCAACUUUAGCAUUCCAAUCACCAAUAAUUAUCAAUGCACCUUGAGUGCAUGUUUUAUCACCUUCAGACUGCAGAAAUUGGUAAAAGUCUUCAAUUUCCUCAUCUUUGACAUUAGUACUUUUGGUGUGUAAAUUUGAAUAAUAGUAGUAUUAACUGACCUUCCUUGUAGGCAUGUGGCUAUUGUCCUAUCACUGACAGUGUUGUACUUAAGAAUAAAUCUUGAAAUGUUCUUUUCAACAAUGAAUGUGAUGCCAUUCAUCUUCAGUUUGUCAUUCCUGGCAUAGUAUAUCAUAUGAUCAUCUGAUUCAAAAUGGCCGAUACCAGUCCAUUCAGCUCACUAAUGAAGAGGAUAUUGAACUUUAUGCGUUCCAUUUCAUUUUUGACAACUUCCAAUUUUCCUAGAUUGAUGCUUCGUGCAUUCCAUGUUCUGAUUAUUAAUGGAUGUUGGCAUGGGUGUUUCUUUUCAUUUUGAGUUGUGCCACCUCAGCAAACGAAGGUCCCAAAAGCUUGACUCCAUCCGUGUCAUUAAGAUUGACUCUACUUAGAAGAGGAAGCUAUUCCUUGUCCUAUUUUGAGUGCUUUCCAAUCUGAGGACCUCAUCUUCUGGCAUUAUAUCAGACAACAUUCUCCUGCUAUUCAUAUGGUUUUCAAUGGCCAAUUUUUUCAGGAGUAGACUGCCAGGUCCUUCUUCCUAGUCUGUCUUAGUCUGGAAGAUCUGCUGAAAUCUGUCCACCAUGGGUGGCCCUGUUGGUAUUUGAAAUACCAGUGGCAUACUCUCCAGCAUCACAGCAACAUGCAGGUCCCUACAGUACAACAAACUGACACACGCACUGUGGCCCCUCUCCUUAGGCAGCUACAACUGAGCCACAGUUGCCCUUUUCUUUUUCUCAAAACUGCCUCACUUUUUUCCAGUCAGAGCCUUUGCACAUGCGUGCCUUCUGCCUGCAGUCAUCUUCCUCUGGCUCUUUGCAUGCCUGGCACCGUCCCUAGAACUGCUACUCCAUUUUCUCUGUAUCCUACUAUCGUUUAUUUUCUUUAUAGCACUUCUAUUAAUUUGACCUUAUAUGUUUUCAUACUUGGUAAUGUGUUUAUUUUCUCCACAACAUACACUUAAGUGAGUCAUUUUCUUGUCUGUGUUGCUCACUUCUGUAUUCCCAGCACCUAAAUUCAUACCCCCACUACCUAUCUGUCAGUUUGUUGUACUGUGGUGGCUUGCAUGUUGCUGCGAUGCUAGAAGCUGUACCAACAGUAUUUCAAAAAUCAACAGGGUAACCCAUGGUGGACAGGUUUCAGCAGAGCUUCUAGAUUAAGACAGACUAGGAAAAAGGCCUGGCAAUCUACUUCUGAAAAUUAGACAAUGAAAAUUCUUUGGAUCACAACAGAAUAAUAUUUGAUGUAGUGCUGAAAGAUGAGCGUUCCUAAGUAGGAAGGCAUCAAAAUACACAGUGGCCACAACAAUGUGCUGGAGCAUACCAGUGACUGUGAAGAUGGUGCAGAACCAGGUAAUGUCUGGGUCAGCAUGAGUUGGAGCCCGCUGGACAGCAGCUAACAACAACAACAUAUUUAUGCCAAGCACAUAGUAAACACUCAGCAGAGAUUUGUUAGCAAAUGAGUAAGAUAUAGAGCUACAGGAGCAUAGAUGACAGGACCAUUAUUUUUGGCUAGAGGCACUCAGGACAGUUUCACAGAGAAGGUUAAGAGAAAAGUUGGAACUUAAAAAAUGAGGAGAACUUUGAGAGAAGAAAUGCGAGGGGAACAUAUUCCAGUCGAAGUGUGUAUCUUAAAGGGAAUGGGUAAGCAGAGAGAAAGGAAACUAGUAAUCAUUAAGUUUAUGAUAUGAGCUAGCAGAUUUUGCAUGUUACUUUAUUUAAUUAUACUCAUUUUAUAUAAACUGAGGCUCAGAGAAAUACACUACUCAUGCAAGGUGCUCAGUAAGAAAGUGCCAGAACUAAGGUCCAAACACAAAUUUUCUGGGGCUAAUGUCUGUCAUUUUACCUUUAGCUGAGCCUUUUCCCAGUGAAGAAUCAGGUAAGCUUGACUAUAAUCAAAUAUACGUAAGCCAUGUACCGGAGAAAAGAGUGCCCCCCCCCCCCCAAAACACACACACACACACACACACAGCGCUUAUUUUGGAAGGAAGAAAAUUCUGCCCACUUCUCCAAUAUUUUAAGGAAUUAGAAUUCUUAGUCUCUAAAUUGCAAUAGUUGAGGUAUAAUCUAAACUUCCUUGAAAUGUAGACCAAUAAAUUAUUUUCCAUCUGUUGAAGAUAUGUCCAUUUAACCAACAAAUUGAGUGUUUACUAUGGCCAGGCACUUGGCUAAGGCUUAGGGACUCAAAGUUGAAACAGAUACAGUAAUUUCUUUUGGGGAGCUUUGGUGACGUAAGGGAGACCAAGAAAUAAAAUUAAGGAAUGGUAAUAAUGCAGCAUGGUGGCCCAGGAAAUGAGGUUCGUGGAGGUCAGGCCUGGGUACUGGAGGUGGUCAGGUAAAUGAGGAUGGAGCAGGUGGAGGGAGCAGUGAAGUAUGUCUAGAAAGAAUGAGGAUAUCCAAGAGGCCAAAGUGGUCAUCAGGUGACAGAUCCAAAGGACCUUGUAUACUUGGAAGGUUUUUCUUUAUCCUGAAACCUACAGGAAGUCCUUCAAAGAUAAUAAACCAUUUUUGAAAGGUAUUUUACAUUUAUUUACAUCAUGGCAGUGUAAGGAAUGGAUUCAAGAAGGCCAUCCUAGAGAAAGGAAAAAACAGGCAGAAAGAUUUCAUUACCCAGCAACAAUGAUGAUAGCUGAUACUAAGGAAACAGUACUGGAAAUUGAGGAGAAAGGAUGGAUAUGAAAAAUUAAGGAAGGGGCUUUAAUGAUGGCCAGGGAGAGGUGGUUUAGGUCUCUGGCCUUGGAUAGCAGGGGAAUUGGGGCCGAGGGUAGAGGUGCCACAGGCAUGAGUUGAGGAGCCAUCUCAGUUUGGCUCAUAGUGUCCAAGUGCAUAGGUCUAAUUUGGGUGUCCGUGUGCAUAGGUCCAGUGAGAAACUGGACACAUGGUUCUGGAAUUCAGAAGAGAGGUCUAAAACAGACAAUCCACUAGAAAAUGACAGUCUACCACAAGGAUAGGAUUUUAGUUUCUUUUGUUCACUAGGGUAUCCCAGGUGCCUAGAAUAGUGCCAGGUGUGUAAUAGAUGCUCAGUAAGGAUUUGUUAAAUAAUUGUAAAAAUUUGUAAGUCACUGGAGUAUAUUUGAUAGUUGAAAUCAUAGAUUUGGAUGAGACCAUAAAAGAGAGACUGUAUAGAGUGAGUAAAUCAGAGAAAACAUGAAGGGCACAGAGCUGUACUGUUAUUUUAUAGUAAUAAUAACAACAGCAGCAGCACUAUACCAAUAAUACUAUGCCAGUACUUUGUCUCCCACCCAGAUUUUACUCAUUAAAAAGUAGAACCAGGGAGAAGAAAAACAAUUUCCAUAGGAGGCCUCUGAAAGAGGAUUUUAACUUCUCAUCAACUGGUGAAUCUAAAAGUGGUUGGGUCAGUUUGUGGAUAUCUGGUGAUCCAACAUUGAUUAAUGAGUUUUCACAUGGGAUUAUGCUUUAAACUCAAAUGUUUUGUGCAAAAUGAUUGGGAUUUUAUUGAAUAUAUGAGCGCAUCUUUGAAAUAACGACCCAUCCUAAGUCAUUUAUUUUUAAACUUAUAAAGGGAUGCUUAUGUUUCUGAUUCUCAUAACCUUAAUUAAAAGAUUUCUUCCUGCUGUGCUGGAGAAAAUUCUUGUUUCCCAGUUCUAGUCAUUACCGUAAGAUCUUGUUCAAUUCUCAGUUGGCUUUCUGGAAUAAUAAUGUCCACAUUGUUAGGACUGAUACAUUUUACUCAGAAAUUCUGGCUUUCUUCCAGAGGGUAACAGAUGCCAUCAAAAUAUAAGUUGUGGGAAUAAGAACUAUAUACCGUGAAGUCACAUGACGUCUGCCUAAUGGUUUUUCACAGACUAGCAUAGCCAUGCCAUGUUAUGAGUAAUUAAUUAAGAUGCAGUUAAGCUGAAAUACUACUCUUGCAUUAGGUAAGGUUUUCAGGCAGGCUGAUUUCCAGAGGAUUUUGGACUAGUUUUAUCUACAGAAAUUCCUGAAACAUAAUCGGUGAAUUUUACAAAAGUAAUUUAGCACUUAUAUCUCAAAAAUUAGUCAUUGAAUAUCAUACUAGUGAGUGAGUUGCUUUUAUGGGGGUUUAGAGAUCAAGGUGUUUGGGCUACCUCAGCUCUCUGAGUUUGUUUCUUUAGCUGUAAGAAUGAGGAUAAUACUCAUCUUUAUUAGGAUUCCUUUAUGGAUUAAAUGAAAUCACAUAUAUCCUAGCACCUCAUAGGGUCAGGCACAUGAUUACUACUCAGCGAAUGUUUGAUCAUUCCACUUCUACUUACAGUAUUUUCUGACUAAAUUCAAAUACUUACUACUUUACAGAUUCAGAGCAUUCUUGAGCCCUUUAAUGUUAAAACCCCUGAUUCUGAAGAGUGUUCCUUUAUAGGUUAGGCAGUUGUCAACUUUGAUCUCUUCAAUUAAUAAGACGCAUAGUGUCCUAGGCACGGUGCUGGUCCCAGAGGAAGAGACAGAGGAGAUCAAGGCAGGUGUGGGCCCUUGGUCACAGAGUUCCCUCUACAGAGCAGAUCCUAAAGAAGUCACCACAAUUUUUGCAUAGCUACAUAGUGAGUGUUACCACUGGGGAAAAGGAUUGGGCUGAGGAGUCUUCCUAUUUUGUAGUUUGACUCAAGCUCAGAUCCACUUGGCUCUGAUUUCUUUGUUAAACCUGGUCAGAAGGUCACUUAGAUAUUUGAAUUGCUUGAACCACUGAAUCUAUUUCAGUUUUACAAGUGAUUUUAAGACAGUUCUUAGCACAAAAGGUGUGGUGUGAAACCAUCAGGAGUGCCCCAGAGAGGAUGUGAGGCACUGAUAUUAUGAAAGGAAAGUGGUAGGAGCUACCGCUGAGUCAAAACAAAAUUAUAUAAGAACUAUUUUUUUUCCAGCUUACCUACAUCUUUGACUUGGGGUUGGGGUGAGAUUGAGGAGCUUUGCCUUUUUCUUGACUAUGUCAUGGGAGCAACAAAGGAAGUUUAUUUCAUUUUCCAAAGGGUACAUUUUAGGUUUCUUCAAGUGAAGAGCUUGUAGCAUUUUUUAGUCAUGUAAUCACCUUUUUUAUUUUUUUCCAAUAUUUGAAAAGCUCCAGUAUAAAGCACAAGAUUUGUUUUGGAAAUAAUGUUUUGGCUCUCUAACUUUCCUUCUGCAUUGGUGUUCUACUAUGAUUAUUACCUCUUAAGAAAGUUUUUGAGGUGUUUAUGUUUUACUGUGAGAUUACAAAAGAGGAUUUCAGACAUGGUUGAUAUCAAAAACACCAAUUCACCAGAACUUGAAAUUCAAAAAAUUGCUGAAUUCAAGGGUGGUUUAUUUACAAAGGAGGCUCUAAGUGGUGCAAACUGCUAACUGAAAGGUUGGAGGUUCAAGUCCACCCAGAAGCACUUCUGAAGAAAGGCCUGGAGAUCAACUUCCAAAAAACUAUAUCACAAGUCAUUGAAAACCCUAUGGAACACAGUUCUACUCCGACACACUGGGGUUGCCGUGUGUCCGAAUUGACUUGACUGCAACUGGUACUGGUUUCAUUUGCAGAGAGGUACCUGCAACUUUACAAAGGUAAUUACCCAGAGUUUUUUGUUUGUUUUAUCUGUCUGAAGUUUCCAGUGUGACAUCACAGAGUGGGCAUCAGGUUGUGAUAUCAAGGGCCCCAGCCAUAGUUCUACUCCAUGGAUAUCAAUUCCUCCUUUCUAAGGAGAAUCUGACUAAAUGUUUUCCAAAGCAUCUUUUGUCCUUAUCUAAAAUUCUGACAACCCUAGUAUUUAAAAUAUUUCUUUACAUUAUUUUUGAGUAUGUUAAUGUUUGUUUUAUGUGACAUACCAGAAGCGAUUGUGGCAGAUGUUGUGGAGUGGUCAGAAUUUGACCGCUCCCAUUUUGUUCACUGGAAGGUUGUGUGUGAGUUCACGGGGAGUCCUCUGGCUGGAGGCUGGCUGUUAAAUCCCGACAGUCUCCAGUGCCUGUAACCACACCUCUGUGCUGCUGGCCUUUUCAGGAGAACAACACAGAUUAAGGACCAGACCAUGAAUUUUCUUCUCAGAGCCAGAGCCAAAUCUUCUGAGAGAAAAUUAAACUGUGAUUCUUGCGGGGGUUGAGAAAUUUCCACUGUCUUCAGGCUGCAGCUGUUGUGCAGGCCCUCUGAGGAUUCCUGUUUCCAGAGCUGGGGGCCUAGUCUCUUUCUGAAUCAUUAAGUUCAAUUUUAAAAUGUCGUUUUAGAAGACGAAGACAUGAUGACAACGGAGAUGUAGUAACAUUUUUACUGGGGUGAUAAAAUUUCUUAUGACUUGAGAGCACCAUGUCUUCCUCACUUUGUCUUCUAACAUAUAACUCAUUUGUACCCAAGUCACCAAGAAUGAAGUAAGAGCCUAGACCUUUGAAAGGGAGUUAGUGGAAGGGAUCCUGAGUAUGUGUGAGAGAGACACAGCGUGACAUAGCGGUUUAGACAUGGACCCUGGAAUCAAAUGGCCUGACUAGGGGAUUUUGGGAACGUUGGGCAAGGUUAUUUAACAUCGCUGUGUAUCAGUUGCUUCAUCUAUAAAAUGGGCAAACAUCCCUACCUCAGGGGAUUGUUAACCAGGAUUAAGCAAGUUAUUUAUUUAGUGCUGUAAACCUCUCCCAUUGCCAUCGAGCCGAUUCCGACUCAUAGCGACCCAAUAGGACAGAGUAGAACUGCCCCAUAGGGUUUCCAGGGAGUGCCUGGUGGAUUUGAACUGCUGACCUUUUGGUUAGCAGCCAGACUCUUAACCACUACACCACCAGGGUUUCCAUAAAAAGAAAAGAAAAGAAACCAUCGCUGUCGAGCCGAUUCCAAUUCAUAGUGACCCUAUAGAACAGCGUAGACAGAGUAGAACUGCCCCAUAGAGUUUCCAAGGAGCACCUGGUGGAUUCAAACUGCCAAUUUUCUGGUUAACAGCCAUAGCACUUAACCGCUACACCACCAGGGUUUCCAUA